GCCUGCCUCCAAAGAUCAAUUCCCCAAGAAAUCACCACUCGGCUUCCCUGUUCGACAUGUCUGCAGCUACAGCCCCAAAGAUGGAGCAGUUCGAAUUCCACGAUCCAACCACACGCUCCACCUGGCGACUCUGCUCACCCGGCAUCGAGGAAAUGACGUUGAACGAAGACACAGUAACCGGCCGCAAGUCGAUACUGCAGCGAUGGCAACCGGGGGCCACCAACCCAACGUCGAAUCCCGCAGUGCACACCUACAUCGAGGAGGUCUACAUCGUCGAAGGCGAUCUUACGGAUAAGAGGCUGGCCCAGACCUUUUACAAGGGCAUGUAUGCAUACCGCAACGCCGGCAUGGAGCAUGGGCCCUGGGCCUCGGAGCGCGGGUGCCUUAUGUUCGUCACUUGCACGCCGGUGGAUAGUGAGCGAUAGGAGGCGAUAUAGACGGGAUAUAGACGGGCAGAUCGUAUAUACUGUGCAUCAUCUACAUGUAAAGGGUCGGGGUUCAGGGUUGGCGAAUGGAUGGAAUCUAGAGAGCUUACAGUACAGGUUGGUAACG